CGAGGGAACUUAUUAAAUAAGAGGCGCUAGAUGAGCGUGAACAUUUUGUAAUAUUCAAUUUCAUUAAAACCGUUAAAAGAACUUUAAAUAAUAAAAGGUGAAAGAAUUAAUAGUGUGAUAUAUGUGAAAACAUAUAUACAAGGCUUUCAGUUAAGUGUAAUCCAUUACACUUUAAUAUAAAGGUUGCUGCACUCAGUUAGGUUAUUUUUUUUUAGAUUGUGUUCAAUUAACAUACAAUGGAAUUAGAUAUGAAAAGUUCAUGGGUAGAAUUAACUGAUGAAGAUGAUGCUCUUCUAAAUGAAGCCAUUUGUAUGAGUUCAAAUGAAUUGAGUAAAAUAGUAAACUCUGAUAAGGAGACCAAAAAUGCUCAGGAUUCCUUAAAUAUAAUAAUACCUGAACCUAAAACCUAUGUUAAUAAAGAUGAAAAGAAUAAAGAAGAUGUUACUUCAAAUGUAUGUGUAAAUAAUAGGUCUAACUGUAAAGAAAGUGAAACAAAAAAUAUAAAUGGCAUACAGUAUGAAGAUAAUGUAAAGAAUAAGUUAGAAGACUUAAAUAAUCUUCGUAAAAGACCUAGAGAAGGUACUACAAAUUAUGAGGAUGUAAAAGUUUUUCGUACCAGAUACUAUAGUGAUUCAAGUUCUACCACUAAUUCCUCAGAUUGUGGUAAAAGACAAGUAGAAUAUGAAACUGAUCCUAAAGUCUUAGCUCGUAGACAGAAAGAAAUAGAUUAUGGGAAAAAUACCAUUGGAUAUGAUAAAUACAUUCAGGCUGUGCCUAAAGAAAAACGUACUAAAGAGCAUCCAAAAACACCACCAAAGUACAUUAAAUAUAGUAGAAGAGGAUGGGAUGGCAUGAUGAGGUUGUGGAGGAAACAACUUCAUCAGUGGGAUCCUCCACAAGACAACAGCCCCAAUUAGAUGAAAGUUGUAUGAAUGUUAUAUUACAAUGCACAUGAUGGUAUUAUGUUUUUUUAUAUUUAUAUGAAAUUUCAUUAGUAUAACAUAAUGAAAUGAACUGUAAUACAAAUUUUGGUACAAUCUAAUACAUGGAUAAUUAUGUGUAUUUAAAAGAUUGAAUUGCAAUAUGAAUUAAAUGAAAAUAAAACAAGUAUAAUUAAUAUAUAAAUACAUUUAAUCAUAAGUACAUAUAAUUGUGUAUUAUUAGAUGUAAUGUGUACAAUUUAGAUACUGAAAAAUCAGAAAAACAGUGUUAUUUCCAAAAUCUGUUUUUCUUUUUCUUUGUACUUUACAUAUUAAAUUACAUACAUUAAA